AUGAUAGAGAGGAAGUGGCGGGGGAUACUUGGGGUUGUUCAAGCACCGAACUUUGGGAAAUAUUUGGGCCUCCCCUCAUUUAUAGGGAGGAAUAAGAAGGCAGCUUUUUCGUAUAUUGAGGAUAAGAUAAGGCAGAGAAUCCUUUCUUGGAAUAAAAAAUUGCUAUCGCAAGCUGGUAAGGAGGUCUUAUUGAAAAGUGUGGCUCAGGCAAUGCCUACUUUCUCAAUGAGUGUCUUUUUACUACCUAUGGGAGUCUGCUCAGCUAUUGAGCGAGUCAUGAACCGAUAUUGGUGGGGAGCUGGGAAUGAGCGUGGAAUUCAUUGGAAGGCCUGGGACAAGUUGUGUAUACCAAAGAAGUAUGGUGGUCUGGGCUUUAAAGAACUACAUGCGUUUAAUAUAGCAAUGCUGGGAAAACAGGCGUGGCGGUUUUUAACCAAACCUGAAUCAUUGGUCUCGCGAGUCUACAAAGCGAGGUAUUAUCCACAGGGGACCUUUUAUGAUGCCAAAAUAGGAAAUAAUCCCAGUUUCUGUUGGCGUAGUAUAAUGGCAGCUCAGAGUAUGGUUUGUGGUGGAAUCAGGCGCAGAAUUGGGAAUGGAAUGACAACCCUCAUCUGGGACCACCCAUGGAUGCAGGAUGAACAUGACUCAAUGAUUCAUACAGAAAAGCCAGCAUAUCUGAAUAAUGCAGUGGUGAUGGGAUUAAUUGAUAGUGAGACACAGACCUGGGAUCCGGAUAUAUUGGCAGAUAUUUUUAAUCCUACGGAUGUGGAUAGGAUAAAAAAGAUCCCAAUAUCUCCAGAUUGUGAAGAUAUGUGGUAUUGGUAUGAUGAUCAGGGAGACACUAACCAAAUUGUUCACGCAGCUGCUAUCUUAUACCACAUUUGGAGAGCCAGAAACGGAGCGGUAUGGGAUGCAUGUCUACCGCGACCACGGAAGGUGUUAGCCGUGGCCAGAGCCACCACACUUGCAUGGCAGCGGGUCCACCCCACCCACCGCCGAGUCAUUCGUCACGCUGCCGCGCAAGGCCAUGUUACUGCCACUGCCGUGGCACGGCAGCAGCGGCAACACGCCACUGCCGACGCACAGGGACCGCCGGACGAACCUGCCCACGCGGUGUUGCCGACGGAAGAUGCCGAGUCCGCCCGCAGAUGCUAUGUCGAUGCCGGUUUUAUGCCUGCUACAGGAAAGGUUACGGUUGGUGCGAUUUUGUUCAACGAAGAAGGAGAAUAUGUAUCGGAUUUCAGUGCGCCCUUAUCAAAUUGUCUUACACCGCUUAUGGCUGAGACAAUAGCAUGUAAGGAAGCCUUAUCUUGGCUAUGGAAUCGCGGGGAACGAUCAGUACGCUUGCUUACAGAUUACUUGACCCUACAACAAUAUUUGACAAGUCGAGUUGACACGAUACGGACAUACGUAGGCUAUGCCAUUGAUGCUUAUAGAGCACGCAUUACUUCUUUUGAUUACUGCUCAGUUAAUUUUAUUCCUAGAUCAGAGAACUAUUUAGCUCAUAGAUUAGCAACUUCUGCUUUUAAUUCUUCUACAGUCAUGUAUUCGGACGAUGUCCCUCCAGACUCUAUUUCUGAGUACUUCUAA